GUCAAAAUCGCAGGACGGGAAGGUAUAACGGGUUGCACUCGUUCCGUAUUUUUUUAGAAUUUAACACAAAUCGAGCUUGUUUUCGUGACUUAUUUGUGUAAAAACACAAUCGUUAGACAUCGUUAAGUGUGCAGUGUAUAAAAUAAAGCGUGAUGAACGUUCAGUGCGUUGUGAAUUUUGAGUUAACAAGUUGAAUGUGUUUUGAUAUAAUGGCGACCAAAUGGGGAUGAGUGAAUAUGUUUAUGUGAAGAAUAAAGCAUAUUUACAGGAUUAAACGUCUGUGAUGUGUUUGUACGGCGGUGGCGCGGGUGCGCAGGCGCGGUGAUGGCGGUGCCGGGCGUCCCAUGAGCCGGCUGCUGUGCUGUCUUUGUGCGCGCCACGAAGACAUGGGCGCCGCGCUCUCGCAUGCGCAGGACGGCGAGGCGUGUGAGGGCGCCGGCGAGCCGGCCGCGCCGCCCACCAUGGCCGAUGUCAUAAGAGAGCGUAAGAAGAAGGCGGGCGGCGCCGGGCUGGGCACUCUUCGGCGGCGGAUUGCGGCGGCGACGCGGCGGCCGCGCGAUACACGCCCGGAUAGAGGUUGCGAGCACGCGCGCUACAUCCGCUCGACGGUGAGUUCGUGGCGCGUGGCGGAGGUGUUCGUGCUGUGCGCGGAGCUGGAGGCGGGCGCGGCGCUGCGCGACCUGCUGACGCGCGCCGAGCUGGCCCGCGAGCCCGCGCCCGCGCUGCACAUCGACCUCGCCGCCGCCUACAGGGACAGAUGGUGGUGCGACGUGGAGCUGGUGGGCGCGGGCUGGUCGGUGCCGGCGCACCGCGCCAUCCUCGCCGCCAGGUGCACGUACUUCCGCGAUCUGCUGCAGCGGUACCCGCCCGGGUGCUGCCGCGUGCCGCUGGAGGGCGCGUGCGCGGCGCUGUCGCGCGCCGAGCUCGAGGCGUGCGUGCGCGCGCUGUACGCGGGGCCCGGCGGCGCCUGCCGCAUCUGCGACAAGUACGAACGCAGCGGCUCGGAGGGCGAGCUGGACAUCAUCAACGUGGACAACUCCUCGUGCGGGUGUACGGGCCGUUCGUCGGUGUCGCGCCGGCUCGCCGCCGCGCUCGGCUUUCUCCCCCGACUCGCUGCACCGCGACAUGAGAUACCUGCUCGACUCGGGCGAGAUGGCGGACGCGCGGCUGGUGUUUCGCCUGGAGGGCGGGUGCGGCGCCGCGUAGGGUUCCGCACCGCGUUGGAGCUGCCCUGCCAUCGGCUCGUGCUGGCUGCCAGGUCAAGGUUCUUUAGGAGCGUGAUGUCGCGGCGGUCGGGGGCGGGCGGCGCGGUGUGCGUCGACGAGAAGGUGCUCCCGCGCAGGUUCGCCAGGGCGCUGCUGCACGCCGCCUACACCGACCAGGUGGAUUUGAGCCUGAUUGGAAGGAAUUCAUCAUCUCCCUCGUCAACGAACACAAGUAAUGGGAGCACGUCGUGGGCGGGCGUGUCCCGCGGCGGCGCGCGGCCCGCCACCACCGCGCUGCUCGACGACGCCUUCCAGCUCUACGAGAUAGCCAGGUUCGUGGAGAUGCCGAUAGUGGUGCAAGGGUGUGAGGACGCCAUCGUGGAGGCUCUCAGCGCGGAGACGUUGCCGCACGUGCUUCGCUGGGCAGCCGCGCCGCACGCCAGUCAGUGGGUGCACAGACAGGCGAUGCGGUUCCUGCGCGACGAGUUCCCGUCGAUCAUGUCGGUGUCGGCGUGCGGCCGCCUGCCCAGCUCCGCGCUCGCCGGCGCGCUCGCCUCGCCCUUCCUGCAGGCGUCGGAGGCGUGCACGCUGCGCGCGCUGGUGCGGUGGGCGGCGGAGCGCUCGCCCGUGGUGUCGCGCGCGCGCCGCGCCGCCGCCGCGGACUCGGUGCUGCGCGACGCGCUCGCCGCGCUGCUGCCGCUCGUGCGCCUCGAGCACCUGCCGCCCGACCACGACCUGCUCAACCAGGCGAGUCACACACACACACACACACACGCACACACACGCGCCGCCGCCGCGGACUCGGUGCUGCGCGACGCGCUCGCCGCGCUGCUGCCGCUCGUGCGCCUCGAGCACCUGCCGCCCGACCACGACCUGCUCAACCAGGCGAGUCACACACACACACACACACACGCACACACACGCGCCGCCGCCGCGGACUCGGUGCUGCGCGACGCGCUCGCCGCGCUGCUGCCGCUCGUGCGCCUCGAGCACCUGCCGCCCGACCACGACCUGCUCAACCAGGCGAGUCACACACACACACACCGGGACUCGGUGCUGCGCGACGCGCUCGCCGCGCUGCUGCCGCUCGUGCGCCUCGAGCACCUGCCGCCCGACCACGACCUGCUCAACCAGGCGAGUCACACACACACACAGCGAGUCACACACACACACACACACACACACGCACACACACGCACCGCCGCGCUGCUGCCGCUCGUGACCUGCGCCCGACCACGACCUGCUGCGCGACGCGCUCGCCGCGCGCUGCUGCCGCUCGUGCGCCUCGAGCACCUGCCGCCCGACCACGACCUGCUCAACCAGCGCGACGCGCUCGCCGCGCUGCUGCCGCUCGUGCGCCUCGAGCACCUGCCGCCCGACCACGACCUGCUCAACCAGGCGAGUCACACACACACACACACACACGCACACACACGCGCCGCCGCCGCGGACUCGGUGCUGCGCGACGCGCUCGCCGCGCUGCUGCCGCUCGUGCGCCUCGAGCACCUGCCGCCCGACCACGACCUGCUCAACCAGGCGAGUCACACACACACACACACACACACACGCACACACACGCGCCGCCGCCGCGGACUCGGUGCUGCGCGACGCGCUCGCCGCGCUGCUGCCGCUCGUGCGCCUCGAGCACCUGCCGCCCGACCACGACCUGCUCAACCAGGCGAGUCACACACACACACACACACACGCACACACACGCGCCGCCGCCGCGGACUCGGUGCUGCGCGACGCGCUCGCCGCGCUGCUGCCGCUCGUGCGCCUCGAGCACCUGCCGCCCGACCACGACCUGCUCAACCAGGCGAGUCACACACACACACACACACACGCACACACACGCGCCGCCGCCGCGGACUCGGUGCUGCGCGACGCGCUCGCCGCGCUGCUGCCGCUCGUGCGCCUCGAGCACCUGCCGCCCGACCACGACCUGCUCAACCAGGCGAGUCACACACACACACACACGCACACACACGCGCCGCCGCCGCGGACUCGGUGCUGCGCGACGCGCUCGCUGCGCUGCUGCCGCUCGUGCGCCUCGAGCACCUGCCGCCCGACCACGACCUGCUCAACCAGUUGAUCCGGCGCGGCGUGAUCUCGGGCCCGGUGGCGGGCGGCGGCACGGCGGACGCGUGGCUCGGCCGCGGCGCCUUCCGACCGGCGAGGUGCUUCCUGCCGUACCUCGACGAGAUCAAGGCGCUGCUAGAGGACCAGGCGGUGCCGGAAGCGGAAGUGUCGCGCGUGCGGCGCGAGCGCUACCUGCACCGGAUACCCGACACGCUGUACAUGGUGGCGGCGGCGCGCGGCGUGGCGGCGGGCGUGCCGGCGCUGCUGCAGGCAGUGCGCGCGCGCGUGCGCGAGCUGGCGCACUCGCAGCCGCAGGCGCGCGCGCUGCAGCUGCACGCGCAGCACGCGCAGCCCGUGUACCGCCAGAUCGCGCUGCGCGCCGUGCGCGAGAUGUCGCUGCCCGACUCGUGCGCCGAGCUGGUGCUGGCGGAGGUCCACAGCGAGUGGGAGGCGCCGCGGCCCGACCGCGCCGAGCCCGGCCCCGAGCCCGACCGCGCCGCCGACUGCUGCAGGUCGGUGGCGGCUGCGCACGCGCUGCAUUCAAAUGGUGACAACUCCCGCGCGGGUACUUGCAGGAGCGAGGUGCCGGGACGCUCGGUAGACACAGCGAGACACAGGGAGGGUCCGUGGGGCGGGCGGCUGUCGGCGGCGGUGCCGGACGUGGCUAUGGCGCCCAACGCCAACACGCACCUGCUGUCGUCGCUGUCCAGCGCGCACUACGUCGCGCACCCGCUCACCAACGACUACGGCGGCGUGGUGCUACAGCUGGACCUCGGGGACGGAGCGACGCACACGCCGAGACCAGGCUCCCGGGCGCAGCGCGCAGGCGCGGCGGCGAGCGGGCGACAGCACCGAGAUCACGCGCAGGCGAUGUCGUGCGUGCGCGCGCGCCCCGACGACGACGAGCUGCGAGCCGCCAUAGAGCUCUCCGUUAUAAGGGCGUACUCGUCGCUGGAGGGCGGGCGCGGGCGCGGCGCGAGGCUCGACCUGCGACACAACGGUCCGUCGGCGCGGUCGUGCGGGUCCCCCGGACCCCCCGGACCCCCCGCGAGGGAUCUACACACGCCGCCCAGACUCACAGUGAGCCGCGCGGCGGCGGCGCCGGGGCCGGGCGAGAGGGAGGGCCGCUCGCCGAGCCACACGCCGUCCCCGCGCCGCCUGCAGCGACACGACUACUCGCUCUACCGACACGACUACAGACUGGACCCCUCGUACGGCGGCUCGGCGUCCACGUCCCGCGGACACAGCCCCAACAACUACGCGUGAGCACGCGCCCCGCCGCCACGCCAAUGUGCACUCUAUACGUGCUCACGGACGGACGAGAGUCGCGCGAACGACUCGGCGCGAUGACGCCUGUGUGAACUGGCCAGUUCGGUAUGUGUUCGUGCUGUCCCGCGGAGUGCAGUGUUGAUGCGUGCGAGGUGUCUUGACCGCUACAGAGCGUUUUACUGCCACGUUUAAAGUAACGGAUUGGAGGCCGUUCAAGUAUUACGUAACGCAAUUUUCGAAAAUUUUUGACGUAACGUUUUCCUGUACCCCGCCCCUCAAAAAGUUAUGUAACUCUAAAGUGACAUUUUUUUUUGUAAUAUUCACAAUAAUUUUACGCUAAAUACCGGAUAGUCGCUAAAAUACCUUUGUUAUUGUUUUAAAAUAAAAAAAAAACCAAGUUACAUAACGCUUUGUACGGACCCCCCCCCCCCGCGCCUGUAACGCAUCGUAACGUUUUACAAGAAUAAAUUGCGUUACGUAAUACUUGAACGGCUCCUUGCAGUCAACCAGUCGAUCUCGAUCUCCGAUCCCGAGAUAUACCAACAAUAACUCGUUUGUGAGCGUGUCAAAAAUACUUUGUUCUGAUUGGUCGAUUUUCAUGAUGGAUCGAAACUGCGAUCGGUAAAGUUCAUUGAAGACGGCGGUGUGUUUAAUAAUGUUUCUGUGUUACACAUGCAGCGACAGGUGUAGAUAAUUUCAUACAUGAACAGGAAAGUGCAUUUUUUUAUAUGUAACAGCAAUUGGUACAAAAAUGAAAUCCUGUGAAAACGGCAUUAAAAUUCGAUUAGAAUAAGGCAGUAAUUCAUAUUUCAAAUAUUGCUACGUGCAGGAAUACGCGUGGAGUGGGGAUAUCGCUCCAUCUCUUUCUUUCGCACGCAUUGUAAUGCCCGCUGACGUCACAUGUGAGUAUUUCGUCCCUUUUCUGUUUAUUGACACUCACCCCUACUACCAAAUUUUAAUGGCUUAUAACUUGUAGAAUUUAUACAACGUACAUAUUUUAUAAAAAUUAUAAAUAAAAACAAUUCAAACGCCCUAUUGACACGUCAGCGGUUGGGUUGGUUCGUCGUAAUCAGAUUUAGAAGGGUAGUUGAAUAUUAUUUAAAAACACAUUCAUGAAACGUCAUACCACGUUUGUACGAAUCGCCACAAAGAACGUUCACGUAUUGCCAUUUCAGCAUCAGACAUUUGUCGUCACGAUAUCGCGAACGACUCGCGUCGGACGGUCGGGUCGUGUGCCCCCAGGCCUGGUCCCCGCUGUGAUCUCGAUGAGGACUCGGGCGUUCAGAACUGUGCAUUGUGUUCGGAAUCCGUGUGAUCCAUGGCUUGGACUAGUUCGAAGCUUUUUUCGUCACUAAAAGGGCGCCACUGUUUUUGAUGUCGCAGUUAAAGGACGAGAUGUAGAUGUCGCUACAAGAUUAUUUAAGUCAGUUUAUUCAAUAAAAAUUAUAAUAAAGCCGGCGGUACGCAUGGCACGCGUGUGCUAUAUGUGAAUCAACACGCAGGCCGUUAUGGCAUCAACAAAGAAUAUAGGGUGAUGUUUUAUUGACAUCAAUGCGUCUGUACCUUUAUUUUAACAUACUGUAUAUGUAUCGGUAUGACUUGUGCACGUGACAGCUUUAUAACUCGACAUAUAUUGUCAAAUGAUGUAAAUAUUAAUAUACUAGAUAACAUAAAGAGCUUUCGAACACAAUGCGCGGUGGUUUUGUACAUGAAUAGUUACGUCACAUAAUAUGCGAACGUUUGCAUUAGUGCUAGUCAACCAUUUGGAGAGAACCUCGCGGUAAUAAUCAACCAAUUGGAAGUCAUCUGUAGGCUUGCAAGGUUUCUGAUUGGUCCUCCGCUACGGCUGCGAGGGUAACGAGUAGGAGUCGGCCAUUAGACCGAUGUAAUCACCGCCUUGAAAAUAUAUGUUUGACUAGCUUUUGCUCGCGGCUUCGUCCGCGUGAAGGAGUUUGCCGGGAUAAUUUUUUUCCGUCUUACUAGAUUUGUAUUGUUAUAUUUAAUUGAUCAAAUUAUUUGCAAGGCCUGCGUUGACGUGUAUUCUAUAGACACGAACGUCCAUAUAAACUAUUUGUUUAAAAUCUGAACUAAAAUGGCAACCAAAAUGUCACUGUUAUAACCUAUUUAUUCACUUGAACAACAAAUAAUUUUACUUAUUUCACUAAUAUUUUUUAUUCACUUCCAAGUUUACACUUAGACUCGAGUUCUUAUAUCAUUAGCGCCACUCCGUACACAACCACACGAUGUCAAUGUUGAAUUAAUACUAAAGUCAGGUGUACGGAUUGCAGUACAGUUGAGUCGAACACAAUGAAUUUACCGAACGCCAGAUCUAGUACGUAGUACAUAUAUAUCGAUGAAAGCCUAUAAUUGCGGACGUUCGCGAAUUUGUGGGUACUCGAGAAAACUGGUCCUUCGAGCUAGAUAAGAGGCUGAUCAUCAAGAAAUGUUUCACAACAAGCCACGAGCGACUUCUAUAAACGAUAUCACCCUCUACAAUCAGAUCUGCAGUGAACAUGCACCAAUCAGAACAGAGUUUGACAGUGAUCUAUGUUUACGCGAAUGUUAGACAUUAAAUUAAACUACUUACGGAUUUUAUCGCGUUUUUAUUAUUUUCUCACGACGUUUCGAAGAGUUUGCAGCGUUAGUAGUCACGGGGCGGGCUGAGAUGUCGAUCGUCCGAAAAGUCAGUUACAAUAUCUACCUACAUUAUACAAUUAAACAACUUUACCAAUUUUAGCUGUUUGUGAUCCGCUCUACGAAGAAUGAGCUCACAGUGUCUUGAAAAGUUGUGUUAUUUUAAAAUGUAGGUAGAUAUUGUAACUGACUUUUCGGAAGAGCAACACCUCAGACCCCCCCCCCCCCCCUCCAUAACGACGAAGGCUGCAGUCUUCGAAACGUCGGGACAAAAUUAUAAUAUAAAAACAGUGAUAAAAUUCGCAAAAUAAUGUUCUUUUAAAGUAUGACGGACUCAUUUCAAUUGGUUAAUCGUUACCAUUAACGCGCGGUCACCGGUCGAGAUAUCGGAUUGGUCGCCGUCAUGUACUUCUACACGCUGGAACGUAAUGUAAGAGUUAUUUGACCAAGUCGGACUGACGUCUCAAAUGUAUAUAGUUUAAUAUAGAUGUAUGCAGUCUUACUUAUAAACUUGUUUUAGCGUCGAGAGGUGGUUAAGAAUUGCUCAAACAGCUGUCAAAAACAUCACCGGUUUUCUAUUUUAAACCUUAUUAAGAGGCAAGAUGGCGGGUUUUGACUUACAGCUGAUCGAGUAAAUUUGUGUUUUAACUGAGCUUUGCGAUUUUUUUAUAAGUAAGACUGAUAUUGUGUAACUGUGAAGGUGUUGUUGGGUUCGCACGCAUUCAUUUCUGAAUUGUACGUAGAUACGGGAACAGCUAGCAGUGGCGAACCUACCGGCUUCUCUAUUUAGUUUUCAUUAGUUUUUGUUUUCUGUUAAAUUGGCAGCGAUAUACUAAGGCCAUUUUAUUUGCCUAGUCACUGUUGUGUUCCGGUUUGAAGGACAUUGUAGGCAAUGUAACUACUGGACAUAUGAGACUAAACAUCUCAUGUCUCAGGAUGGCGAGCGCAGUGGAAAAUAAACAGUACUUUGUAAUUCAAGCUGUUUGUGUUUCUACUGUUUAUCGGUCGUAUCGCUUACCAUCAGGCGAACGGCAAGCUCGUCUCGUCAUUCAAAGUUGUUAUCUACAUAACCAUGACUUAUAAUUGAUGCGUGCGAAUCUAAAAAUGAUUGCAUUUUAUUCCCAACACUCCGAGGUUAUCGGAAAUACCUCAAAGUUAAUACCGCAGUAUCGAACAUAAAGUUAGGUAAGAAGAAAGUUCCGCGUACGUAAUGUAUUAAAAGACGUCUAGGGAUUUUGCUGGUGAUAGGAUAUAUUGUACAUCCGCCCGGAUAGCGACCGUACACGAUGUUAAAACCAGCCAUAGUGGUGCACGUGAGUCGCGUCCAGGGAUCAGUGUAUAUCCGAUUCCGACAUAAUUGUGUCGACUGUCGUGGGUUAAUCAUCUCUCGUCAGUCGACUCUAUUGGACCCCACUCCACUUACUAUCAGGUGAGGUGGUGUCACUUUACCCGUAUAAGAUAAAAGAAUAAACAAACCAAUUCCAUCUUUGAGUAGGAUCUUAAGUAUCCAUUUAAAGUAUGAACUAUUUAAUAAACAAAACUGGACUAUCAAAACAUAAUUAUCAAAAUUGGUCUAGUCAGUAAAAUGUUAUGUCUAACAUAAAAAAAAGUGUCGAAUUGAAAACUCCGCUCGGUUUUUUGUCAUUUAAAAAGACGUCAUAUUCUGUAACUUACGAUAGUAUUUGAGAUGAUGUGUCUAUUGAACGAAGCCAAAACAGCUAAUAUCAGACGCUUAAAUACAGCUCGAGUUUUGUUUAAAAUAAAUAAAAUGCUUUAUUCAUCACGUAGGCGAACAUAGUUGAUAUAUAAUUAUUACUUAAAUAAAUUCUUCUAUGUGACUAAAGACAUCUUAUUACAUAGUUGAAUACCUUCAAUGUCAACUUGAGAGCGUACUCAAAGUUGAGAUUGGUUUAUAAUUAUGGUCUUAGACGUCAUUUCGUGCGUUUCGUACGCGGAACGUGAUGCCUCGUCUGUUUUUAUUGUGUUGUGUUUACACUUGAACUCACGAGUUUUUGACUGUAUUUCAAAACUAAAAUAAAAGCAAAGAUACAUUAUCAUCGGCAGAAAAGCAAGUGUCACUAGAUAAGUGAUGAAUGAAUGAAUCCUUCCUAGCCGAAUUUCGAUCUCAAACCCAAGCACGCAGGAGAUAUUACAGUGCACGAGUGUGCGCAAUACACAAGCACUCUCUGUUCCAUCUCAUAGUCCGGUGAGACGGCGAUCCGACUCUAUUUGAAUUGGGUUCACAAACUCACUUAGACUACAUAGACUAGCUAACUUAGCUGCCAUAAUGUGGAUGUUUUACACCACUGCCUACGCCUGAAUAGGGUCAAAGGCGUGAUGUAUGUAUGUACAAUGUCAUUUUAUGAGAACCAAAAACAAGACUUGACACUUUCUAUAAAACUGGUGAUACCCCGGUCACGCCGGGCCUGAUACAAAUGGCAUUCGUCCAAGAGUCUAAGUGUAAACACGGCAUACACCAUGUGACAUUUCGCAGCCCGCUCUGCCCCUUAGAGUCUAGUAUAACGAACACGAUACGAACGUGCGCGUCGUUUGAUUGUGACGAUUGUGAUUGGCCGAGAGAGCGACGCGCGAGUCACGUGUCAGUCUCUCGACCCAUCACGAUAAAGAGACACGGACUCUCGUGUGGUGUUCCAAAUUCUAAGGAGGCUGUAUAAUUUCUUGCCGUAGACACGAUGGAUUUAAAAAAAAAACCGCGCCGCGUUCGUUUCAAGGGUUUUUAUUAAGGUCUAAAAUGUGUAAAUUUCGUUCCCUAGACUCGAACCCGGCGCUCCACGGAGCUGCAGAGACUGACCUUGAUUCGUUUAUGAAAUGUAAAUUGUUUUUAAUAUAGUGUUAAAUAUGUUUGUACGUCUGUUUGGUUGCUAAACAACGAAUCGAAGUAAGACAGUGGUAUUAGCCCAGUCGAACUCGGGGUUAAAAUUAGAAAUAGCAACCAUGGUCGCCGUUACCUCUGCUGGGCGUCUUCCUUGACACAAUGCGCUUCAGCGACACUUCUGUAACAUUAGUGUUCCGUGACGGUGUGGCUGGCGUGACAGAUGACUCGAGUUCGAAGCCCGACUCUUGCAAAAUAUAGUGGGUUCAGCAUUAACCCUGAGUUUAAAAUUUGUGGCCAUUUGUUGCUUAUAGACUAUCGAUUUCAUCCAAAUCUGUCCUGCAGUACGUUUACUUCCAACAAACAUCUAAACAUUGUCACAGUCUCGCAUUUAUAAUUUUAGUUAGAUUCACCAUCUUGAGUUUUGUCGUAGCUCGUAUAUAUUUUAAAAAUAAAACACUCAAAAUGUACCCAAAGGAGUUUUAUAAUUGAACAUUUAUGACUUGCACAUAUUGAACGCAAUUCCAACCCAUCCUAACCUAACCCACUUGAGGAAUUUUGUUUACAGCAUGGGAUAUGAUCGAUGAUUAUGACUUUAAGUGACAUUAGGUGACCUUGGCUGACUACUACCUACCAGUUCCAUUGGGAAAAUCCACUUUAACGCUUCAGUCAUAAGUACUAUCAUUCAAAACAUAUGGUGAAAAGUACUGACUGGUGCAGUUUUGACUGAAACAUAUAUAAUUGAUUACAGCAGCGCAACAAACACGUAAUUUCAAUACAAAAGAUGAAAAUAUAACGUAAAUGAAUGAAUGUAUAAAACAUUAUAAAUAUAUUUAGGUUAAGCGAAAAACGACCGGCGCUCGCGCAGUGUGCACGGAGUUGUUGAUAAAUUAAUGGCACGUGGUAUGGUAUGGUAUGUCAAAGGGAACCAAUAUAAAAAGAUUUUAGUCUUCUUAAACUCUUAGCAAUAAUAUUCAAAAACUAGAUUCGAUACCACGCCUAAUCUGAACUUCAACUAUUACCAGAACACAAUGUGUCCCAAUUGGGACGCUUGCAUACACUACGCGUAAAUGUCAUUUUUUUUUAUUCUGGUUUAGUCUUGUUUGACACACGUCAAAGUAGUAAAAUGUUAAUAAAGUAUGUGUGUACGGAACACUUGAUCGUUCGAUAUAUUAAAUUAUGACAUAUAUAUAACUUUAAUAUAAAUGCUAUAUAUUGAAUAGAAAAGGAUUUUAACAUAUUGUCAGCAACCCAAAUACUUCCUUACCCUUAAUCCCUUUAAGGUCGAGUAUUGAUUCUUCAAUCAAUCGGUCACGUGAUCACUUCUCGUUACCGCAUCCUGGCCUAUGCAAUACGUUUCCCUUUAAACUUUAAUAAUGUUGGUUCCUUUUAGCAUAACUGUGUUACGACACAUAACUGUAAAUAUCGCAUCGUCCUAAUAAACUGUUGGUUCACGACACGAUUUGUCGUUAGACCCAUCAAACGAGACAAUUCAAAUCAAUCAUGUGAAGUAUUUGUUGGCGUCCGAGCUUUUUCAGACUGUCGUACGAGAAAUCGUGUCGGACGGUUUGGACAACGACAAAUCUGGCUACACGGCAUCUGGUGGACUUGGAUGCAAUACAAGAUGUUUAAUAAAUGUAGCGGAUUAAAAAAUAAAUAUAUACAUCAGUUUCUGGGCUCUAGUGCGGAAACUAAUAUAACAGCCUAUUCCUAGAUUUAUUAAACAUGUAUAGCUGAAACAAGUGUUCAUUUGUAACUACAACGAGUGACAACAGUUGCUCAUAUUGUAGUCUACACUGCAGUGAAGUCGUACAGUUGCUCGUGUUGUAGUCUAUACUACAGUGUAGUCGUACAGUUGCUCAUAUUGUAGUCUACACCGCAGUGUAGUCGUACAGUUGCUCGUGUUGUAGUCUACAGUACAGUGUAGUGGUUUAAAGACUCGCGCGCCGUCGGUCGGCUGUUGUUAACGAUUAUGUAUAAAUAAAUAUUUAUUCACA